CUCGCAAGGACCGCGGAGAGUCGCCGGGAGUAGCGGAGUCUCAGCUCGAGUCGUCGUUCCUCCCCCGACUCCGAGGAUGCGGUGAACGGGGAUCGAGCGCGCGUCUCGAGAAGUGACGGAACGAUGCUGGCGCGGGAGAGCAUCAUCCCGGAGGAGUUCCUCUUGGCGAGGCUGGCGGAGGAGUAUGCACGCCUGCCACGCUACAGCACGCGGCCACGGCGUGCCCGCUUUAUUGAGAAGAGCGGCGCUUGCAACGUGGCGCACAAGAACAUCCGCGAGCAAGGGCGCUUCCUGCAGGACGUCUUCACCACGCUGGUGGACCUGCGCUGGCCCAACACGCUCAUCGUCUUCAACAUGGCCUUCCUCACCACGUGGUUCCUCUUCGCCAUGCUGUGGUGGCUCAUCGCGUUCGCGCACGGAGACCUCGCGGGCAGCCCCACGCCGUGCGUCACCGACGUGCGCUCCUUCACCUCCGCCUUCCUCUUCUCCAUCGAGGUUCAGGUGACCAUCGGCUUCGGCGGCCGCAUGAUCACGGAGCAGUGCCCGUGCGCCAUCUGCGCGCUCAUCAUGCAGAACAUCGUGGGCCUGCUCACCAACGCCGUCAUGCUGGGCUGCAUCUUCAUGAAGACGGCCCAGGCGCACCGGCGCGCCGAGACGCUCAUCUUCAGCCGGCACGCCGUGGUGGCGCUGCGUGACAAGCGCCUCUGCUUCAUGGUGCGCGUGGGCGACCUGCGCAAGAGCAUGAUCAUCAGUGCCAGCGUGCGCAUGCAGGUAAUCUGCAAGACGACGACGUCGGAGGGCGAAGUGAUCCCCAUGCACCAGGUGGACAUCCAGAUGGACAACCCCGUGGGCGCCAACAGCAUCUUCCUGGUGUCGCCGCUCAUCGUUAGCCACACGCUGGACGCGCGCAGCCCCCUCUACUCGCUGGCGGCCGCCGAGCUGCCCGGCGCCGACGUCGAGGUGGUGGUGGUGCUGGAGGGCAUCGUGGAGACGACGGGCAUCACCACGCAGGCGCGCACCUCCUACCUGGCCGACGAGAUCCUGUGGGGUCACCGCUUCGAGAGCGUCGUCACGGAGGAGGAUGGCCGCUACUCCGUCGACUACUCCAAGUUCGGCAACACCGUCAAGGUACCGACGCCGCGCUGCAGCGCCCGCGACCUCGACCGCGCGCGCCACCCCGAAGCCUUCGGUCCUCCCCAGGCGGGACCCCCCCUCCUCCAGCUCGCCUGCCGCCACGGGGCGGACGAGCCCGCAUCCUCCUCCAACUCGUCGAUGUCUCCGCUGCGGCGACGGAAGAACCACCGCUCGGGCUGGGGCGGCAGCGGGGACAGCUUCGGCGGUGGCGGCAGUGGCGGCAAGCACCGUCUGUCCGUGCGGUUCGGGCGGCCCCGGUCGACGAGCGAGCGUUCCGACGGCGCGUUCGAGGGAAGGCCCAGGCCCAGGCCCGCGUCGCUGCACCUCGCCUCCGCCUAAGCCGCCGGCGACGGCGAAGAGUCGAGCCGCUCGCAGCGCGACGGUUCUUCGGCCGGUGGCGGCGGUGGUGGUGGUGAUUGUGGUGGUGGU